AUGGUUGCUCGCAUCUGGGCAGCCGUCCGAUAUUAUCAACAGACGAUGGAGAAAGAUGAUUGGGUGGUGGAGGAGGAGGAGGAGGAGGUUACAGGAGCUGAUGAAACGUGGCAUGGAGAUAGUGGAGGACAAAGACAAGGGAGUGGUCCCACUUUGGUGGAAGUAAAUAAAGUGAAAAAGGGGUCCUAA